AUGACCACCGGUCCUGCGCUCGACUCGGCCGUGGGCCGCAGUCGCCAGGACUCCUUCGUCAGCGCUGGGCCUAAGCCCAUUUCCAUGAUCAACCCGAAUCGCGAACAGGCUAAUCGCGGUAGACGGGAGAGCUUGGCCGGUAGUUUAAUGAACGGCAUGAGCUGGGGAGGAGUGUCAGUUGGGAGUUUCAUUAGAGAUGACCUCGCUAUGACUGGCACCUCGCCGUUCACCGGUGCCCAUCAAUCGCCUUCAUUCCACUCCAACUCUUAUAUACCGAAGAUGGAGGCGGAGUAUUUGCGCAACUUUAAAUGUUGCGACUUGACUUUGGAUACCAUGCACGACCUUCUUCGCCACUACGAGACAGUCCACACGGGCCUUCGAGAUGCCCAGCUAAAUCGCAACGGAUCCGGCGUGCAGAUGCCCCACCGACUCUCGGUCACCAAUCGACCAUCGAUGUCCAUGGUCGGACGGCAGGACUCGCAGGGUUACCAGCAUCCCGUGCAGAUGGGAUUUCCGCAGAACCGAUCUAUGGGUAAUAACGUUAGCUCAGGUCUAGGCUUCAGUGGAUUGCAGAUGGGACGACAGUCUUCGGCUUUGGAUUCGAAUUCUCAGAAGCGCUCGCAACAGCUCAAUCGAAUGCAGCUGAACGACGAGAUGGACGCUGUAGGCGAUAUGGAAAUGGACGAUGCUCUUGGUAUGAUGGAGAUGGAUGACAGCCAACGAACCAUCCAGCAAACUCGUCAGAUGUUUGGGCAACAGCAGCGACCUCAGCUGUCACUGACCACUCCUGGCUUGCAACACCAAGCGCUCCGAACAUCGCAGCCAUCGACGCCUGGCUCCUCGAAUUUUGGAUUCCAGAAUAACCCUACUGUCUCGUCAGUUAAUACCCCGACCCUGACAACUCAGCAAGCCGCAAUUCAGCAACAGUUGGGUGGGAACGGAAAUAAGGAGGGAAUGGAAAUGGAUUUCUCUCAGCUGGGCAACCUUGACCUGACGAACAUGGGCAACUUCAAUGGGACCAACCUUUCCGAGUUCUUCAUCCACGAUCCGGCUAAGCGCCUUUACAGCCCGGGUGGUGGGCCGGCGAACCAGAGAGCAUUACAGCAACAGAUGGCUCAGUUCGGUUUGGAUGCAAGCCAGUUUGGAAAUAUCACGGAUCCGAGCCAUUUGGCUGCAUUACAACGUGCGAUCGCAAAUCCAGGAUCUUUGGUCAUGCCUCCCGAAGAGGAUAAGCCGUUUAAGUGUCCCGUUAUUGGUUGUGAGAAAGCUUACAAGAACCAGAACGGAUUAAAGUAUCACAAGCAACAUGGCCAUCAAAACCAGCAGCUCCAUGAGAAUGGGGACGGCUCUUUCUCCAUCGUAAAUCCCGAGACAUCCGCUCCUUAUCCUGGAGAGACCGGAAUGGAGAAGGAGAAGCCGCACAAGUGCGAGUACUGCCACAAGCGGUAUAAGAACUUGAACGGUCUUAAAUAUCACAAGCAACACUCUUCGGCUUGUGAGAUUCAAGCUCAAGCGGCCAACAUUAGAGCCAACUUGGCUAACAAUCAGAUGCCGUUCAAUAUGUCUGGCAUGAACGGACUGCCCGGGAUAGGCGAAGAAAUGCAGCUGUAG